AUGUCCGCAACAACACCAUCUGGAGGUUUCUCUCUCUUCCCAAACACCGGCCGUCCGCCAUCCAGAACACAACUAUCCCGGCCCCGCGCCGCCUCGCCCCAACAGCAACAACAACGACAGCGCGCCACACCUGAGCCAACAGCCCUUAUCCCACAGACCAUUGGCGAGGCCGUGACGGCCGAAGUGCAGAUCCCCGCUCCCGCGGCAGUCGCUGAUCGAACGUCCGUGCGGCGAACCGCAAGCAACGACGACAACGAGCCAGGCCGCAACAGCAGCGUGCGUUCCCGCAGCUCGAUUGCCAAGGUCCGGCUGUCCAUGUACGACGACGGCCCGCCGAUGGACGACGACCCGCCACCGCCCAUGCCGACGGGUGCGGCGACGCUGGCCGAGCAGCAAUUGCAGCAGCAGAGCACGCAGGACGCACAACGGCACCGGCCACCUGCCCUGCGGUCCAUCUUCCCGCAGUACAACCCGGACGUGUCGCUGGACGAGCAAAACUACUUUCCCACACAGACAAGCCCCACGCGCAUUCCGCGGAGCGUCAUCAGCCGGCCCCUGUACUCACCCGUAUCGACGACGCAGCAGCAGUCACAGCAGCCACAACAGCCGUCCGACCAGAACGUGGAUGCGGCCGCCCGGACCACCAGCCCGGCGCCCGGUUAUGCACGCAGCGCCAGCGUCGCGAGUCCCGCACGGCAGCGGCCCACGGUGCACAUCACACCACCAAACGACCCGGCCGUGCCGCCGCCCGUACAAGUCCACGUGCCCAUGCACUCGGGUCCCGUGCCCGUGGGCCACCCCCGCGGCGACCCGCCAUCGCUGCCCGUCCCGUCCACCUCGGACGACCUGCGCAGCCUGUGGAAGGUCGCCAACGGGUGGAAGGCGGGGCCCUCCGAGGGCCGCGUGUUCUGUCUGCGCAUGUCGUGCGACCGCGACGCGCCCGUGUACCGCCUGUCGUCGGCGAAUCACCAGCCGUUUUACCGCCUGCGCCUAGACCCGACGUCCAUGUCGGCGUAUGUGACGGUGUCCCGGCAUGACCCGGCGCGGCCCUUUAAGCUGGAGUCGAAGGGCAACAACAACAACAACAACAAUAGCAACAAUGCAAACAGUACAGACGCCGAUGCCGACGGUGCUGAGGGCGGCGGCGGCAGCAGCAGCCGCAACAGUGUACUGGACAUGGGCGUUUCGGGCGGCAGCAUUGCUGGUGGCGGCGGCGGCGGCGGUGUCGAAAGCAGCGCGGCGGUGGCGGCGGCGGCGCGCAAUGCCCGCUUCGACGGCAGCAAGAACUGGCAGGUGGCCUUGACGACGACGCUCGAAGAGGAAGCGCGCCGCCACCAGCCCCAGGACGGCCUCGUCGCGCUGCUGUAUCCGGCGGCGGCGACACGCAUGGCCCUCGAGCGGCCACACGACGCCGCCAUGGUCGCCACCGCCGAGCGCGAGUGCGCGCGCCUCGUCUGGGACGACGACACCAGCACGUACUUUCUGGUGCACCCGACCCUGGCCCUGCCGUUUGCCGUGACCAUUGAGCGCAGCAGCACCUGGAGCCGCACCGCGUACACGCUCGAGCACCGCGAGUCGCCGCAGCACCUGGCGCGGCUGACGCGCGACGGCACCGGCGCGGGUUACCUGGAGGUGGACACGGGCAUCGCCAGCAAGAUUGACGCCGUGUACCUCGUGGACGUCGUGGUGACGGCGCUGCUGCUGGUGGCGCACAACGACGGCCAGUUUGCGGCCGUCGAGCAGUUUGCGCCGCCGCCCGACAGCCGGCUGGCGAUGCACCAGCACGGCCUGGGGCACCACGACAGCGCCCACGCGUCUCUCGUCAAUAUGGUCCUGGGCGGCGCCAUGGGCCGUGGCGGCACGAGCCGGCAGAGCAUGCGUGACGGGGCCGGCGUCCAAGGCGGCGGAAAGCGAGGCUCUGCCAGCCGGAAGAGCAGCAGCCUUGGGUUCGGCUUCUUUAGCGGCAAGAAGAGCAAGUCGUCCAGGGGCCGUCCGCGCAUGGACGAUUUUGACCUCGACCUCGAGAGCCAGACGAGCAUCGACCUGUCCGGCAAGAUGUUUGAGAUGGGCCCCGUGGGCGGUGGUGGCCGCAACGUCGGCAUGAUGGACAAUGGCGGCACGGGCGGCGGCAUGACGGCCAAGGCGAGCAAGAAGCGCCGCCGCAAGGAAAAAGACGAGGACAAGAUGCCUGGCUGUCUGCGGCUGAUCACGGUCUUGUUCAAGUGCUGCUUCUGGUGUGUGGCCAUGGUUGUGCGGGCGAUACUGGCGAUUGUGGGCGGUCUCUUUAAAUGCGUGACGUCGGAGAAGCUGUUGUAG